AUGGUAUUUGAUGGAGACACUCCGGAAAGUCCAAGACAAGAACAGAGAAAUCAAGGUCGCAAUCCAAAUGACCGCAGAGUCGAGAAACAAACUAUAAAUAGGCGGAGUUCCGAGGACCCAAGGCAUAGGGAUCAAGAACAUAAAGACCUAAGUGAUAGGGAGAGGCACAGUGACAGAAGUAGAGGGUACAAAGAGGAUUCAAGUCGAGACAGUAAAGCAAAUCGAUCCGGUGGAAGUAGAAGCGGCCAAGAUUAUCUUGAAGAGCAAAGGGAUAAAGAAAGGCAUAAGGACAGAGAAAGAGGCACAGAUGAUAGGAGAGAUCAGCGUGAAAGCAGAAAGAGAUAUGCUGAUGAUGGUACCUAUGCAGAGAGGAGGGGUGAUGGAGAUUACAGAAAGAGUGCAGAUAGCGAUAGAGAUGCAUAUAAGGAGAGGCGAAGACAUGUAGAUAAUAAGAAUCAGCGGGAGAGUGGAAAGAGAUAUGCACAUGAUUAUGCGGAGAGGAGGGGUGAUGAAAAUUACAGAAAAAGGAGUGCAGAUAAUGAUAGACUUGCAGAAAGGGGUAGUGACCGAGAGUACCGAAAGAGAAGUGCGGCUGAUGAUAGCCUUUCAGAAAAGAGGGACAGUGGAGAGUAUAAAAAGGGAAGUGCAGAGAGGAGGGAUGAUAUAGAAUAUAGAAAGAGAUAUGCGGAUGAUGACAGACGCAACAAGAGAGAUGAACCAGUGCACAAGAGAAGAAGUGCAGAUAUUGAUGCCUAUAAAGGUAAAAGGGAAGAUAGAAGAUAG